AAAAAAAAAAAAAAAAAAAAUUUAUCAUCUAUCCUAUAAAUCUAUUUAUUUAAAAUGACUGGAUCUGCUUUACCUUUUGCUCUUGACGACUACACUUUCCUCAAUCCGGAGAAUCUUAGUAUUUGCACUAAAUUGGGAAUUGACUUUGAUGACGAGUAUCCUCUUUUCUUGCAAGAUGGAGUUGAAGACCCUCUCACUUUCAACAAAUCUUCUUCUGACAUUGAUGAAGGUUGCCGUGGUAAUUCUAUUCCGAAAACUGAGCAUGAUGAAUGGACAAGUGGUGAAAAGCUUGAUGUUUAUGAUAAUCCUUUCUUUGAACCUAAACCACUUUGUCAACCAACCACUGAAGACCAACAACGAAUGAUUCAACUACUUGCUCCCCAGUAUGAGUAUGCUCUAAGUGAAGUAAAACAAAAGCAAAAGGAAAUUCAGCAGUUUGAAAACGAUUCCUUGUUACCACUUACCGUCCAACUUCUACAUGACUAUUUUGAUAAACCAAGUGAUGCUAAUACUCGACUGACAUACAUUGUUGAACGAAAAAAAUUUUUGGUGGACCUUCUUCGCGAUAACAUGACCACAUUUGUGUUGCGCUCUUUUAUAUACAAAGUGAACAAAUUCGACUGUUGGGUGUAAUUCAAGAUGGGGACCAUCUUCUUGGUGGGUGGGGAAUGUUGAAGAAAAAAAAAAAAAAAAAAAAAAAUUUUUUU